CAUCCCUCUCCAGGCCCGGAGCGGCGGCUGGCUGCCCCCUCCCACCUGCCGUCUAUAAAAGGCUGGGUCCGGCUGGGCCGACCAGAGAGGCGGAUGAACACACGGGGCUCUUCGAGGUGCUGCUAGUGUUGUUGGACGCCGGUUGCGCUCCCUGGUGCCAUGGAGGUCAGCGCGUCGCGGGGAGCGCAGUCCUCUUCGGGGUCGUCGCCGGGGGACCUGGCGGACCUGAACGCGCAGGAUGCGGCGACGGUGUGCGAGGCGCUGGGUCGCUACGAGGAGACGCUGCGCGGGGCUGUGCGCGAGAUCCACGUGGACAUCCAGGCCUUCAAGAACGGCGUGGACCGACAGGUGGCCGAAGUGCUGCGCCUGGCCAACCCGCUGGCACACAACGUGGCCGAGCUCCAGCGAGAGAACCGGCAGCUGCGCGCGCACGUGGAGCGCCUGGCCCGGCAGGUGGAGGCCCUCAACCGGGCGGCGGGGCUGCCGGACGCCUCCAGUCCCGAGCCCGAAGCCCCGACGACGACGGCGCCCUGGCCAGGCAGCAGCAGCCGCUUCGCCAGCCACGCCCGGCUCUCCCUUGCCACCAAAAGCCAGAGUUUGGACUUAGAUGAUCUGAGUGACUUGAAGAGCAGGAGAGCCCCUGACUCAGCUGCAUUGGAGAAUGGGCACCACCAGCCCUCCGGAGGCCUGGGGGGGCCUCCUCCUCCUCUCCACCGGCCGAAUUCUUCCCCCGAGGCCCACGAGCCGGCAGUGAGUCUGCGGAUGCCGCACCUUCCUGUGACCUCCGUCACCAGAGUAUCGGAAACCUAUUCGGGAGAAACCACGGGGUCGCCCAUCUCGCCAAACGCUCCCGGAGGGCAGCCGAGCGAGGCUGUGUCGAAAACAUCAAGCCAAGGAGUGAGCGCAGUGAAGAAUUGGAGCAUAAGUUCCACGAGGACCGGAAGCGCCGCCGUCACCUCAGAGAAAUUCUCUUCUGUGACGAAGUCAGUGUCAGCCAUAACCUACGGAGCCCACCAGGCUAGUGAAAGCAUCGUUGCAGACAACCAGCGGGAUGCAGCCCCGAAAUCCCAUUCCCCACCCCCCACGGUCCACAGGCAGGUGGAGAAACGGAGAGAGUUGGUGAGGUCUCAGACGCUGCCCCGGACCUCUGGGACACAGGCCAGGAAGGCCCUCUUCGAGAAGUUUGAUCAGGACAGCGGGAAGGGCAAAGGGGAGGGACGGGCCAAGCUGAAGCGGUCGCAGAGCUUUGGGGUCGCCAGUGCGAGCAGCAUCAAGCAGAUCCUCCUCGACUGGUGCCGAUCCAAAACCAUCGGCUACAAGCACAUCGACCUGCAGAACUUCUCCUCCAGUUGGAGUGACGGUAUGGCAUUCUGUGCCCUGGUCCACUCCUUCUUCCCAGAGGAAUUUGACUACCAAGCACGAGACCCCACCAAGCGCAAGGAGAACUUUGAAGUGGCCUUCAGCACGGCGGAGAAAAUGGCCGGCUGUGACCGCCUGAUCGAAGUGGACGACAUGAUGCUGAUGGGCCGCAAGCCGGACCCCAUGUGCGUCUUCACCUACGUCCAGUCCCUCUACAACCACCUCCGGCGCUUUGAAUGAAGCCAGCGCAGGCCGUGAAGGGAGCUGCCACGGCCGCCUGCCAAGAGGGUUGUGGCGCUGCGCUCGCCGGAGGAGCAAACAGUUGCUUCCUCCCCUGUGCCCACCUCUUCCAGCGUGGCCGUGGAGGGAGGCCCCAGGCGGGCACAGGCUGCCACCGCCCCAGGCCCAGUGCCAGUGGGUUGUGGCGGCAGGGCUUGCUGGUCGAGGCAGAGGUUUCUUGUUCUCUCCAGGCAGCUGAGGCUGGAGGAGGUGCUCAGGCUGCCCUUUCCUCCAUUUGGCACAGCCCCCCAGGGGUGUCUGCCUGUGCCUGGAAGCUGCCUUCAUCAUGUGUGCCAACAGAGCUCAGUGCCACCCUCUCACCCACCCCUGAGCCCUGUUUUCCUGAGUUGAGGUUAGUAGCAGAGGCUGGAUGCCAGGUGCUAGAUGUGGCCAGGGGUUAAGUUCUUGAAGGAACCCCCCAGCCUGUGUGUGUGUGUGUUUGGCAUUGGGCAGCCCAGUUCCGUUUUUACUUCUACUGUGAAGGCAACCUUGCUUCCGCUGCCCAACUCCAAGGUGCAACAGCCCAUGUGGCCAAGCUGAGAGCUGAACAAUUGCCCCAUUGGCCACAGGAGCCACAAGUCAGAUUGCCAAGGCCAGCCUGGUUCCUCUUUGUCCCACUUUCAUUUCCCACUUUCAAGGCAGGCCACGCUGUUUAUAUAUGUGUGUGUGUGUGUGUGUGUGUGUGUGUUCACUCUGUCUUCCUGCUUUGGACAUAGUUGAAGCCAGCCUGAAGACCCCAGGGGGUUAGAGGGCAGAAGACUCUGCAUAGUUCCCCAAAUAUGGAAACUGAGCAGGACUUCUUGUCUCAAACAGCCCCCCUCCCAGCUUGAAAAUGAGCCCUAAAAUUCUGCACCCUGUGGAGGAGGGCUCCUUAGUUCUGCUAGGCACCCGCUACCCCCACCCUGACCCACCCUAAAAAAGGUGCUUCCGGCUUCCUCAGGCCAGCAAGAGCUUUUGGGCUAAGGCUUCCUUGCUGAUAUUUAUACAUACAUAUAUAUAUAAUGCCUGGCUCUGUACAGAUGGCCAUUUCUAAUCCUCUCUCGAUAUAUUAAAAGGCAGCUCUUG